AGAGUGUGCACUAGCUAAUCUGAACUGCACCAACUGGAUAGUAAAAGAUCAUAAACACGUCUCAACUUUGCCGCAGUGCAGACUACAAGCCCUCAUUUCAACUUCCAAGAACGAUACUGUUAACAUCUUUGCUCUAGCAGGGUUGCAAUGAGGCUGGUAUUUCCUAACCGAGGACUGGAUCUCAGGAUCCCUAACUAUGAAGAUCUGGAGAGGCUGGACAAGGAGGAGGCCAGUGACAGGCCUAAGUGGGACAACAAAGCCCAGUAUAUUCUAACCUGUGUGGGCUUCUGUAUUGGGAUUGGCAAUGUGUGGAGAUUCCCUUACUUGUGUCAAAGUCAUGGAGGAGGUGCCUUUUUGAUUCCCUACCUGAUCCUGCUGGUGCUGGAGGGAAUGCCUCUGCUGCUACUGGAGUUUGCCAUUGGUCAACGUCUGAGGAAAGGCAGCGUGGGAGUGUGGAGGGCCAUUAGCCCUUAUCUGACUGGUAUUGGUAUAGCCUCCAUGCUGGUGUCCCUUUUGGUCGGACUGUACUACAACACCUUAAUAGCCUGGAUCAUGUGGUAUCUCUUCAAUUCCUUUCAAGACCCACUACCUUGGUCCCAGUGUCCUCUCAAUGACAACGGGACAGAAUUUGUACCAGAGUGUCAACAGAGCUCCACUGUGGAUUACUAUUUUUACCGAGUGAGUCUGAAUAGUUCGGCUUCUAUAGCUGACUCUGGAGAAAUCCACUGGCCCAUGGUAGUCUGCCUGUUAGCUGCCUGGACAGUCAUCUGUAUCUGCUACAUACGGGGGAUCAGCACCUCUGGCAAGGCAGUGUACGUCACAGCCAUCCUGCCUUACAUAGUGCUGGCCAUCUUCCUGAUCCGAGGACUGACUCUUAAAGGAGCCCUGAGUGGAAUAGAGUUCCUCUUCACACCAGAUGUUGAUGAGUUGGUAAAACCAACAACUUGGCUGGAUGCAGGUGCCCAGGUCUUUUAUGCCUUCAGUAUAGCAUGGGGCGGCCUCAUCUCCUUCUCAAGCUACAACCCUGUUCACAACAACUGCAUGCAAGAUGCUGUAAUCCUGACUGCAAUAACUGGCUUCACCUCAGUCUAUGCUGCCACGGUCACCUACUCCAUCAUUGGCUUCAGGGCCACUGAGAAAUAUGACGGCUGUAUCAGUGAAAACAUCAUGACGUUACUAAAUGCGUUUGGUCUUCCUGAAGACAACAUCACUGCAAGCAACUAUGAGACAGAGCUGAAUCAUCUCAACAGCUCCUAUCCUGACACUGUUCUUGGACUGGACAUCAAAACCUGUGACAUGCACAAACUUCUCAGUGAGGGAGUGGAGGGAACAGGUUUGGCCUUUAUUGUGUUUACAGAAGCCAUCACCAAGAUGCCUGGUUCUCCUGCCUGGUCUGUCCUCUUUUUCAUCAUGCUUCUCUGCUUGGGAAUCUCAACUCUGUUUGGCAACAUUGAAGGGGUGGUGGUCCCCUUGAAAGACUUGAAUAUGUUUCCUAAAAAAUGGCCCCAAGAAGCACUGACUGGAACAACAUGUGUUGUCGCCUUCAUCAUCUCCAUUCUGUUUGCGCAGCAAUCAGGGCUGUAUUGGGUAACUCUCUUUGACAAUUUUGCUGGAUCUGUUCCACUUCUGACCAUUGGAUUAUUUGAGUUGAUAGCUGUUGUUCACAUCUACGGCAUAGACAGGUUCAAUGAGGACUUGGAAUUCAUGAUUGGACAUAAGCCCUCCAUCUUCUGGCAGAUUUCAUGGAGGUUCAUCAGCCCUCUAAUCAUCCUGGUUAUCUUAGUUUUCUACCUCGUCACCCAAGCCCAAGAAGAGCUCACCUAUUUAGUCUGGGACCCCAACUCUGUGGAGUUUCCAACUCUGGCAUCAGUACCGUACCCGUCAUGGAUCAAUGCAGUCAUAUUUUUUCUGGCAGGAGUCCCCAGUCUGGCAGUGCCUGUCUACGCAUUAUAUAGACUGAUCUUUAGCUGCUGCAGAAAAAAAAAAUGUAUCCAGAAAAAAAAUGAGCCAAAUUUGUGAUUAAAACAUCAGGAAAUUCAAAAUACAACAAAAUGCAUGAUAAUUUAAUUUGUUGUACUGCUUUCAUAACUGUUAGCUAUAUUUUACCUACAAUUGCAAACUGUGAGAGAUACAUUAUUGAUGCACUUUAGUAAAUUGGUCACAUUUCUGCUCAUGUUUUGUGCCAUUUCAUGGCUGUUCUACCAAUAAUACGUUUUUUGAUGAUAUUGUAUCUUGUAUUGUAUUUUUUUUUUUUUAAUUAAAGGCAAGACAUUACACUAUUUUCCACCUAUCCAUAUUCUACAGCUGCUGAUAAUGUUCAACAAGGGGCUAUACUUUUGUAUAUGAGUGCAGCUUGCUUGUGAGUUUUGGUAUUAAAAUUUUUUUGUCACUCUAAAACAUAA